ACGCUUCUAUCUGCUGAGACGGAGAUUAUCCUGUCGUUUCGUUUCUGUAACUGAAAUCGUUGUGUUCUUUUCGCCUUUACUAACUCCAUCUCCCUUACUACUUCCAUGAUUUCUCAUCCGUUGAAUCUGGAGCUAUAAAUAUGUGAGUUUGUAUCUGUAAAAUUCAUCAUUUUCACUUUGCGGUUUAUGUGACUGAUUGUGCUCCGCCUUGAGAGAGAAAAUAUUCGCCGCACCUAUGUGUUUCAAGAUAUCCACCGAUGCCUAUAUGAUUUAUCAUGUAAGCUGUUGAUGAAAUAGAGUGGAACUUGGAUUGGGAUCUGUCGAUUUUCUCAGAUAAAUGCAAAAGUCACAUACUCUCUGGAUAGGCAUGAACUCUCCGGUGGUCCUAUUUGUAACGUCUUCAUUUACGGUCCCUUAGAAUCAUCAAUCCAAGUGUUAAUGUCUUCUGCACCACGUCUCCCACUCUCUCAAUUUAAUCGACCAUGUAAGCAUCCUCCAUGGAAGGAAAAGCUUUAAAUUUAGAAGAGCCAUCGGUGACUCUCAUUGGUUUAAUUUUACGGAAUUUCCCCGAUCAUGUCGUCGUAGAACAAGAGAUUUCAAUUCUUCAACGAUGUCUGGCAUUUUGCUUUGCCUUCAGGAAUCGGCCACACUACUCCGUCUCCGCCAGGGUAUCCUCGCCGGUUCCAGUGCUUCUGAUUCAACUAAACGUCAAUUCCAUAAGGAUUGUCUGUGAGAAGGAGUGCUCAAUCCUGAGGAAAUGGAUUUUUCUCUCUUGGUUUCUGCAUAUAUGUUCAUAUUAUUGGUGUGUUUUAGCUCUGUCUUGCUAGGUCUGAUGAUGAUGUAUAUCGCUACCUUGAGCCUCUCUACAAUGACCACAAAGAAGUUGGCAAAAGCUAUCUGAUGGGAACGAAUUCAUUAAGGAACUUCAAACCAAGGACUGCAAUACCAUGCUUGAAGAAAAGUGUCACAGUUAACGAUGUUUUAAUAACAUCAACUUAUGUCCAUAUAAAUUGUGGAAGCAAGUUUGCAGAGUAUGCAUCACAUUUGUCUACAAAGUGUCCCCGUAUCUUGCCUUGGGCCAGAUGGAAUCAACAGCCAAGGAAGCAAAUUUUACCGAACGAAAGUUCUUGGCGUGAAAGAUUGUCAGAGCAUGUUAAACGAGCCGUACGAUCUGCCCAUACUGAGGUUUUGCAGCAUAAGAAACCAACCUCAAAUGCUAAGGAUGAUAUAACAGGUGUAUGAAUAUUGACUUCUCAUGCUGUUCUGAGGCACAUCUAAAAAUUACACCUUCAAAACAAGUAUGGUCACUUAGUUUUAUUGUUUAGUGUUGCCUUCUGUUUUACUUAUAAAGAAACUUAUUUAACCAAUAAUGUGUCACUCGGUAUAUCAGAAAUUCAUUCCCUCC